CGUCUACUCACAGCCCUCAUAAAAAGUCAUAUUGCAUAUCUCGCUUACAGCGUACCGCAUGAUGACGAUGUUAUGCAAGAUAAACGAUGGACUUUGUCGAUAAGUGAUGGGAUGGAGGUCGUCGAACCGCCAUCUGAAUUUAUCGAGAAGCACAUUCUGGCUAUCAGUAAUUUCAGCGCUCUGAAGGCCUUUUCCUAGAAGGAAUGACUGCGUAGAGUGCUAUCCGCGAAGUAGCUGGGAGCCCUAGGUCGUCGGAGGAGCUUACUUGAUCGCUCGGCACGUGCGCUGCUGCCUUCGUCAGAAGCGCAUUUGCAGAUUGGAAUUUCACUUGGAAAGCUAGUGCCGAUGCAUCUUCUUUCCCUUCCAGUGGAAUUACUCCUUCAUAUUGCAGAGUAUGCGAUAGCCAGCGACCCCACUGCGUUCUUGCAUUUAGUUCACGCUAGCCCAAAGACGUUCAAGCUAUUUACAGCGGAGCCCUUCAUUAGUUUAUGGCGCUUUCACGCUGCACAUGCCCUGGGGUGGUCGUCCGCUCAGGAUCUCGAGGUCUAUCUCAGACAAAGUUUUGACGAUAGGUUGGCAAUAAAUUCCUUCCCGGCGAAUGCAAAAUCAUUGUGUUGGUGGCGAGUAUUUGCCCUUCGCGAUCAGCUGUGUCAGUUUUGCUGCUCAAAUCUUGAGCUGGUCGCUUGUAAAGCAUCUAGAGACGGUGAUGUACGAAGACACGCGUUGACACGGCUUCUGGGUGAUUGGUGGGGGACCGAUGGACCUUGUCCUUGCUGCGUUACAUCAUCUCCAGGCCUCCUAGAUAUCAAUACUUGCGGUAGCUGUGGUAGCCAGUACUGCUGGACCUGCGCGGUAGACAGCGCUAAAGUAAAGCACUGCUGCUCCUGUUCGGAUAGUUGGGAAAAGUUCUGUCCUCGAUGUUGGUGGUAUGUCUUUCCACGGUGUAAUCAGUGUGGAGUUCGAGCGUGUAGCUUUUGUGAGACGGACGUUGAGGCCGGGAAGGAAUACAUUUGCGCGGACUGCCGAGAUUGAGACGUGAUUGCGAGUUCAUGGAACGAUGGGUCAUGCCGCUCAUUAAAGUGUUGGACUUUAACAAUCGGCUGUGAGAAAUGUGCAUAUGCCCUGUAAUAAUCGUAACAAGAGGACGCACUGAGGGCAAUUUGUAGGCACCGGUCGGGUGCUGGGAAAAUCAAUACUGUA